CUGUUCUCUAUCUCCUUUUCUUUCUCUCCCUCUUUAACCAUCUCCUCUGCAACCAAUCUUUUCUUGACUUGUUUCUAAAACCCUUGAAGUUCCCAUCUCUUUGUCUUUCAUGGAGCCAACUUUAGGCCUACUAGGUAGUGGUGGUGGUGGUGGUGGUUUGUCGAAGAUGGAUAUGUCGCCGGAGGUGUCAUCUUACCCUGAAGAGUCUGAGCUCGAACUGGGUCUUGGUCUAAGCCUUGGCUGUGGUGGUGUGAAAGCUAAGGGCUUUCCAUGGGGUGAGUGUGGUAGAAUAUUGACUGCUAAGGACUUUCGUUCUGGGUUUCCAGGGAAAUCCAGUGCCGCAGCUGUUGGUGGUGUUUCUGGCACAAAGAGAGGUGCUGAUUGUGUUGGUCCUCCUGAGGUUGGAUCUGCUUCUUCCGGUGUCAGCAGCAGUCAGGUUGUGGGAUGGCCACCCAUAAGGACUUAUAGGAUGAACAGUUUGGUUAAUCAAGCAAAAGCUGCAAAGACUGAAGAAGACAAUAAGGGAGUUGAUGGGAAUGAAAAGGGUAAGGAUAUUUCAAAGAAAAAAGUGAACCAUGGAAGUAACAAAAAUGAUGCUGGUGAUAGGGAAAAAGGGCAUUCUGGGUUUGUGAAGGUUAAUAUGGAUGGAUUGCCAAUAGGGCGGAAGGUGGAUUUGAAUGCUUACUCUUGCUAUGAAACUUUAGCCGAAACCUUGGAGGAUAUGUUCUUUAAAUCCACCACAACCAUCUGUUCUAUCCGUGGAGACAAAGAACAACAAACACAACCCUUGAAGCUUUUGGAUGGAUCAUCUGAGUUUGUUCUCACUUAUGAGGAUAAAGAGGGAGAUUGGAUGCUUGUGGGGGACGUUCCCUGGGGGAUGUUUCUCAGCACUGUGAAAAGGCUCAGAAUCAUGAGAACCUCUGAGGCUAAUGGACUUGCACCAGGAUUCCAAGAAAAUAAUGAGAGAAAAAAGGGCAAGCCAAUUUAGCAUCGCUGCUGCCCCUAUCUACUAAAUCUCCGACAAGAAAACCCCCACAGUUUGGAAAGAAAAAUCAAAGGAAAGUUGAGAAAUGGAAGACUCGGCAUUUGAUGUUUUCAGUGUGUUGUUGUCGUUGUCGUUCACACUGAUUUGCUGGUCCUGAACCCCC